AUGACCGCAUGGUACCUUGUUCUGGCAUUCGUUACACUCGCUUCGGCCCAAGAAGCCCUGCAUGCGCGCGAGUACUUCUUUGUGGGCGGCCAAUAUGUCAACACGCCUUCUGGUAUACUGUUUCAAAACCAGAUGUACGUAGAGAAAUUGAGCCCACCCAAGAUCACCCAGCGCUAUCCGAUCAUCUUCCUACACGGUGGUGGCCAGGACGGCUCGAACUUUCUGAAUAAACCCGAUGGAGGCAAAGGAUGGGCCUCUUGGUUUCUGGAGAAAGGAUACCAGGUCUACAUUGCGGAUGAGACCGCUCGCGGACGGUCUCCAUGGAACCCCACCGGCAAUUCCCCGAUAGCGGUUUUCACGACCGAAAAGAUCACGUCACGCUUCACAGCCGUGCAGUCCUCGACCCUUUGGCCACAGGCCAAGCUCCAUAACCAAUGGCCGGGCACUGGACUACCAGGCGACGCGGUUUUCGAUGCAUACUAUGCUUCCGUCAUCCAAGGUAUCGCCGACGGGACUGAACAGGAGCGGGCGAUGAAGGAAGCCGGCGUUGCGCUUCUCGACAAGAUCGGCCCUUCCAUCUUGAUCACCCACUCGCAGGGAGGCUUGUACGGCUGGGCUAUAGCCGACGCGCGACCGACCAAGAUCAAGGCGCUGAUCCAGGUCGAACCCAAGGGCCCACCAUUCCAGGAAGUCAUAUUUUCCACCGAAUUCACCCGGCCAUGGGGGCUCACAUCCGUUCCACUGACGUACAGUCCCGCGCCGGCGAAUUCAUCAGCGCCGCUGGCCACACGAGUUGUCGCGGCCCCGACGAGCAACUUGACAGACUGCAUACUCCAGGCCGAGCCGGCAAGGAAGCUACCCAAUUUGGCCAAGGUGCCCAUCCUCAUAGAUACCGGCGAGGCCUCGUAUCACGCCAUGUACGAUUACUGCUCCUUCCUCUUCUUGAAGCAGGCAGGGGUCGAGGCCGAGUUUCUCGAGCUGGGCAAGGCGGGUAUACACGGAAACGCACACUUACAGUUCAUGGAGAAGAACAGCGAUGUUAUUGCCGCGAAGCUGCACGAAUGGAUCUUGAAAACAACUUGUGCUUAA